GGUCGAGUGCUUUUUAUAUAGUCGAAGCAGUUUGCAAGCGCUCCUAGAUCUACACUAGAUCUACACUACAGCAAGGUAAGCGACUAUGGAUUUUGGUCCACAAACAUCUGAUCAAUCGAUUGAUUGAUCUUGUGCGAUCAAAGUUAGUUGCUGUGCCCUGUUGAAUGAAACAACUGUCAUAUAGUCAUAUGUACUGUAUAAUUGUUGUGGCAUACGUACAUGUGUACUUGUAUACAGCUGCCACCCCCUCAUGUGUGCCACCGUUCAGGUUGGUUGGCAGCAGUUAGCAGCAGUUAGAAGUUGAAGUGCAACCAGCCAUGACCAUCUCAUGCGCACACUGCACUGGUUAGGACUGGCAAGGAUCCUGUGGCUCGCACACUUUUCUCCUCGUCUUUAUACAACCUCCCUGAUGAGUUCAGUAUUCAGGAAGAACUGUCAUUUGGAGCGUCUGGACCAACAUGGAGGGAGCUGGCUGAUCAUCUCAGUAAGAUCGGAGAGAGAGAGAGGAACAAGUAGCGAAGGAACUCGUGACCAGCUACAAAAUCGGUAUUAUGUGACUGAGGGUGACUGAGGGUGUGAGGAAGGUCAGCUACCACCAUCAGUCAGCUCGUAAUAAAUGUUGUACAUACAACACUGUAUGCUGUUAAGGUCUACACAGGGAAACGGAGAGCUACCGUAGCCGAAGCUGACCUAUCCUUGGUUAAAACAGGAGAUCUCGUUGCUGUUUAUUGUGAAAACUAUACUAAGGAGCCUGUAAUUGGUGAAUGCAUUCGUAUUGAAGAGCGGUACAUUGAAGUUGCAUGGAUGGAGGGAUCGUAUUCAUCUGUUUGGAACCCUGGAAAAUCCGAGAUCCUAAGAACAUGAGGCUGUUCAUAACAAAUGUGUCAUGAAAGUGAAGUCUCUGUUGGCAUGCCCACUUCCCUAGUGGGAAGUGCGGCCUGGGAUCGAGGCUACAAAACACCUAAACAUCUGUAUUGUUGCUGCAAUGCCACAUUGUGCAAUCAAGAAAGAAGAUCUCGAAUUAUUUUCCCCAUCCCUAAUGAGCAUGCUCAUUUAUAUUAUAAAAUGGCUGUUCAUAACAAAUGUGUCAUGAAAGUGAAGUCUCUGUUGGCAUGCGGGGCAUGCCCCAACCACCAGCUCUACUGGAGUAAGAAGUGGGGAACAAGGUUGCCUCCAUUACACAGAGCUUGUUGUGACGGCCACCUUGAGAUUGUAAAGAUGCUUGUUACCCAUUUAUCCGGCCAUGGAGCUUGUAGAUCUACCUGUUUCACUGAUGACGGUGGUGGGGAGGCUAACAGAGCUCCACUUCACUGGGCAUGCUCGGGAGGUCAUAUCGAGGUGGUGCAGUACUUGAUCAAGGAGGUCAACUGCAGCACUGUCAACUGCAGCACUGAUGUGAGGGAUGAUGAGAGACAGUCCCCACUAGAUAUAGCUAUGGAUCCUGACACUCUGCGAGAGAGGGAAGGCUGUUUGGAUGUUGCCCUCUACCUGAUAUGCCGUGGCUGUGGUAGUGAUAAGGACAAAGACAACUUACUGCAUGCAGCAUGUUGGUGGGGCAAGCUGGAUAUAGUGAAAGAACUGGUUGAGCAACACAAAGUUGACCCCGAAAAACUGCCUGUCAAUGAAUGGAAAGUGGACAAACGGGAGUAUAUGUGGAGCGAUGAGGAGGGUUUUGAUGAAGAAGAUGAGGAUGAGGAUGAGUUACAGUUACCACUGGACAAAGCUCUAGGCCCUGAUUAUCAUGAGUGCGAUAAUGAAGAAGGCCGUGUGGAUGUUGCCCUCUACCUGAUCAACCGUGGCUGUGGAUGGAGUAUGCACAAGGAAAAGUUACUGUGUGCAGCAAGUCGAUGUGGCAAGCUGGGUGUGGUGAAGGAACUGAUAGAGCAACACAAAGUUGACCCCAAGAAGGCAACUGAUGUGAUGAUGGCCAGACUGCUCUUGACGUUGCUUAUUGGAGUGAUCACACUGAAAUUGCUGACUACCUCCAAUCUCUACCAAACUACGAUUAUGAGUAUAUGUUGUGGUCCAAUGCUCGCUGCACAGCUGCUGUGACUGGUGAUAGUGACUCCGGGAGCGAGGAGAAUAGACCACCACCAACAAAGAAACAAAAAGUAUGUCCUAACUGUGAGGAGAGCUGUCAUAUCCACUGUGCUCAAAAGACGCUAGCCAAGGACUUAUGGGAGGCUGUUCAUACAGAUGAAGAUGUCAUCAAAGUAAGGUCCCUGUUGGGACACGGUGCCUGCCCCAACCAC